UGACCCACCGCCCACCAAACGGGCAAGAGGGGCAACCGGUCGCAUGCCACUGCAAUCCACAGGCCACACACCAAACUGCACAUCACCCCCUUCCAACUCGACUGGCCUUUUUUUCUUCUUCCUUUCUUUUUCAAAUCCAAGGCCUCCAGGGGGCUACAUCUGCCCGACUUGUGACCCGACAGCCCGCUCAGCGCCACACCAGCCCAGCGCGCAACUAUCGCCAACAGUCGUAACACGGCGGCCCAGUUUGUCGUCUUGGCCAACCCGUCCUCGACGCUCUUGGCAGAGCGCGGGUCCCGUUCGUUGUCGUCCGAGUUCACUGUCGGGCCUCGAUGUCUGAAUAGCUACCUCGGUGCUCAUCCACCCACGCCGCCAAACCCUCUCGACAGACCACCUCCAGAUAGGUCCUCCAGGUCGGAUAUAGAUAGCGGGACACCCCCUCGACGCCAGCGAUCGCCCUGUCUAGUGCACAAUACGGCGCCAGGCCAUCUGUGCUAGACCCAUAUUCUGCUACCCUCAUGAACCGGGCCCGAGUCGUGCCCAAGGAUGGACAAUGACACCCAGGCCGCCUCCAAGCGAGGCCGUUUGAUGGGGAAGCUUUUUGGCAACCGCGACCGCAAAGUCUCCAACCCCGACCACCAGCCCGGCGACGAUCGAGACCUGAACGACUUCUUCCACGGUCCCACCGAUAAGCUCACCGUCCCCCACCCGCCUCCCCCCACGAGCGUCCCUCUCCUCACCAAGCUCGACACUUCCAAUGCCUCCCGCUACCCAAAUGCCCACGAAGUCAAGAGCCCAUCCCAGCAGAGCCUAGCAUUUCGAGGAGCGCCUAGCCCGCAGUUUCGCAGGAGGAAGGGCCUGUCGGUGCGCUUUGUCGACUCGUGGCCACAGAUCAUCGGCGAGGGCGGCGACGAGUGUGAGGUCCCGACCGUCGAUAUAUCGAAGAGAAAAGUCCACCAGAGGUUGCUACAUCAACAACAGCAACCCCAACCGCCACAAUCGCCACAACCGCCAUCACAGCAGCUUUACCCGUCUCAGUCCCAGCCACCCCCUAUACCUCCGCCGCGGUCGCCAUUGCGGCCUCCAGAUUACAGCGCUUUUGGCUUCGAACCCAGCCAGCAGAAAACCUAUGCGCCAGACGAGCAGCUGGCGCCACCCCGGGAUGAUUCUUUCACGCCCAAGGCCUUGCGGCGCACGCAGACGGGCUACUCCGACAUUGAGACACCACCGUCCCCGCCCGCAGCAGUCCCAAGAGUUGUGCCCCCAGGAAACGACACAUCCUCACAGUACCUGGAUGGCCCAGUCAUACCCAAGGAUGAGCGACGAAAGUCGCUUAUUGAGGUGCAGCAGGCCCAGAUGCGCGAGGCUGAAGGGCUGGCUUUUGCACAAGCGCGCAGGUCUGUAAGCGCUGGUGCGCCCGAACCCGACGACGCGAAGCCCUCAGGCCCUCCUCCUCCCUAUAUAACCCCUACGAGCUCCCCCGACCGCCGACCACGCCCGGCGGAGUCUCCUGACGCACUGGAGCGGCGCUUUAGGCAGGCCUUAGCCCCUGAUCAAAGUCCCGCCGGAUCCAUUCACUCCAACCUGAGCUUCACCCAGUCGGUCGGGGGCUCGGUGAGGUCGACAAGACGACCGGAACCCCAAACCGAUUCACCGACAUCUCCCAUGACGGCGAAACCUUCUGCAGCCGGUAUGGCGAACUACGAGGAUGUCGCGCUCAAGGAGUUUGUUGUGCGCUCACGUCACCUGUUUGAGGUUUUCCGUCUUCACUCCGAGGCCGUGCAGCCGCUCAUGUCGUCUCCGUCAGACAACCUGGCCAGAGCGGCGCUCUGGUGGUUUUUGAAAGGGAGAAUGAUGCUUGAGAUAUCCGUCCGUGAUGGCGCCAAAGGCCCGCCGAGCCAGGCCAAGGAUAUCAUGAAGCAGCAGUCGUAUGCAGACCUGGCCAAGGGCUACUGGAUAGUCGAGGACGUUCUUCCGCAGUUGAUGGCCAAAAAUCCCAGUUCGCUGGACGGGGAAAUCGAGGACGUACGCAAAGCUGUUACGGCAAACCUGCGGAAGCUUUCGGGAUCCAUGAAACGCAACGGUUUCCUCCCUCCGGAAGACGCGGUGCUGCCCCAAGUAUUGCGCCUGUCCAUAUGGGUGGACUACCCGCAACUGAGCCAAGACAUUAUUGCGCUGCUCCAUGGCGUCUGGAGCGGCUCGGCCCUCGCCGCGCCGCAACGGCCAACCUUGACGAUGCCGAUCCUGGAGUCGCUACCCGUAGGAGACACGACGGAGCACUUCAGCUACGGCAGGAUCGAUGCCGAGGUGUUUUUGUCGGAGCAGGGGGACCAGAGCCAGCGGUUGGCGUUCCCUUGCCUUUUGUCCAUGGUGCGACCGCAAAAGUCGCCCAACCUGAUUUUAGUAAUCUCGAGCCAGAACGGGGCGGUGAACCUCAAGAUACAGAACAAUAAGACGGGCGGCCCAACGUGGAGCGACCUCCGAUGGCGGAACGAGUCUUGCGCGCUCGAGCUCAAGCUACCCAGGGGCUUUCUGAUACUGGUGCAGCUGUCGCAGGCCGACUACCGGAUGCUCUGGAGCAUGUACGAUUUCGGCGAAAAGGUGCAGUCGACGCUGUACCCGCGCAAGGACGAGAAGGCGCUGUUUCGCACGACGCUGCGGGCGUUCCAGUAUUUCGACUCGGACCCACAGUCAAGACAGUUCCCCAAGGAGGCCGUGCCCUCCUGCGACGUGACCCUCUUUGAGAAGGUGGUGAGGGAGGGGGCGGCGACGGGUCCUCGCAUCUUCCACCGUGGCUUCCGCAUAGCCGUCGUGACGGGGCCCCGGACGAGGACGCUCAGCGGGCUGAACAACGUUUACACACCUCAGAUGCCGAUACACUUUAGCUUUCUCAAGGACGAGCAGGGCAGGCCGGCGUUGCUCAUAUGGUUCGACAACGGACGUGGCAAGGGGCGCAUGGUCAUGUCGUUUAGCGACGAGAGGGAAAGGCUGGCGCUCCACAACAUGCUGCUCGGAUCUCUGGUGGCCCAGGACGAGGCAGUGUUUUCAGACGUGCCAUUGACAGGCUUCACGAUUUCGAAGCGGCUACGGGAGGCUGAUGGGCUGCAGUGCAUCAAGAAGCUACCAUGGAAGAGCGUCAGGGUGAUAAACUACGAGGAUGGCAACGAACAGCCGCAGACGGUGCUGGCCGAGAGGCUCCGGGUGGUGUUUGACUUUCAAGACGGCCUAGUGACGGACCGGAUGAACUUUGCGCCGGGCGAGUUCAAGAUCAGGCUCGACAUUCACGAAACGACGCGCAUAAGCCUGCUCCGACCCCCGCAGCAGGACAUGACGAUAGGGGUGUCGGAGACGAUGCCGCGCGAGGUGCCGCAGCAGCUGGCCGAGGCGUUGCAGAUAAUACAAGGAUCGCCGACUGUGCGUACUCUGCGGUUCGCCAGCAUCCCGGACCUUCACAGCUUCCAGGAGGCCGUGACGGGGUUCAAGGUGCUGUUUGACGGCAUCGCGUCGGCUUUUGCCAUCGCGCGGCGGCGCAUGGUGGUGCCGAUCCACAAGAAGUGGGAGGCGGGAGCGACGCGGGUACAGGUGGUACAGCAGAGCGAAAGCAAGGUGACGCAGCUCCUAGCAUUUUUUGAGGACUGGCACCAUGGCCAAUGCAUGGGGUUCCAGCUCAAAGGCACCGACGUGUUUGAGGCGAUAGGGCGCGGCACAAAGGCGGGCAUCAAGAUCGACGACGCAAAGUUCCCGCUACCACGGGUGGCGCCGGACGAAAGCAACGGGACUGGCUUCGAGACGUCGGCUGACGAGGCCUCAUUUGUCUGCCUGGACCUUCCCGAUCUACCUGGCGAGCACGACGAUAUUACCAUUAUGUUCGAGUCUGAAGCUGAUCGGGACCGACUCGUGACUUGCCUCCCAGCGCCCGUGAGAAACUCGCGGAUGCCGUCACUCAAAUUCUAGUGCUUGGCAUGAAGACUAAGAGAGAUCACCGUGAGCGCAAAUACAUGGAACUGUGAGCUCGACUGUCGCCCUCUCCACUUGGCUGGUGGAUCCUCACUCGGCCAAGCUCAUGACGCUAUUUACCGGGCCAAGCCGAGACAAAAGCAAGAGAUAAGAGCAUGGGUGGAGAGAAAGCCGGGACUGCUGCAUUUAUGUAGCAUAGAUACCCAAUGAGGUCUGAUUAUUUAGAAGGGAAACAUCAAAAGAUUGGUGCUCCUCGUUCGGGGCAACAACGCCCUGUAAGAACCGAAGCCAUCUGCAGGCCUCACCAUGUUGGGUUAGUUGGACGGCGAAGGAGGCACAUGACAGAUGGCAUGCGAGGCCACGCAGGUUUCGACAGGCUUUCGGGCAUGGUUGGGUAAUACUUACUGUGUAAUGUUGGCUCGGAGAUUCGGACCGCUCAAGAGACGUAGACGUGCAUGCCAGUCAGUGCUUGCUUUACCUGCUGUGUACCUAGGUCAUGGUAUCUUAGCAUGGAGCUGUGGUGCUGAUUUAAACGCUCUGACUUGUCCACCUUGGGGACAAGCAGAUUUUGUUUUUUGAAGCAACGGCGACGCUUUCUCUGUCCAAUUCAAUCACCUCCUUCCCCACCUUCCUGUCCGGCCGACCACACCAUCACCCCCACCAAGCUACUUCUAACCGGCUUUACAAUUACACCGUCCUCACACACACACACACACACACACACA